CUUGCACGUUCGUAUUAUCUAGUUAUUAAACUCAGGUAAUUAAUUUAAAAAAAUAGUGAAGAAAUUUACAUCACUUGCUCGUGGCUAAUCCAAGACAUUCGUGAAACUGAUCUAUAGGUAUAAAUGUUUGCUAUGAUAUUAAUUAUACUUCUAGUGUUGAUAUCCUUUAUUAUUUACCAAAAAAUUAACAAUGCGGUGUGUAAAUCUAAGAAGAGGCUGGAUGGCAAAACAGUGAUCGUCACUGGGGGCACGUCAGGCCUUGGUUUGGUUAUAGCAGAGGACUUCGCGGCACGAGGAGCAAGAGUUAUUGUAGCCUGUCCUUUCGAGGAAGAAGGAAUUAAUUCUAGAAAAGAAAUAGUCGAGAAGUCCGGAAAUCAAAACAUCGUAUACAAAUACUUGGAUCUAUCCUCCCUGAAAUCUGUAAGGGAAUUUGCUGAAGAUAUCCUAAACACGGAAACACGACUGGACAUUUUGGUAAACAACGCGGGCGUCGGAGUCCCUGAAGACUUUAUGACAAAAGAUGGCAUGAACUUUAUACUCCAAGUGAAUUACUAUGGACACUUUCUAUUGACACUUCUACUCCUACCAUUAUUGAGGCGUACAGGUACAAAAGAUGCCCCCGCAAGGAUCAUUAAUAUGUCGUCGCUCGCUCAUAGAUUUGCAAGUUCCGAUGUCGAACAUUAUAAUAGAACUGGAUACGGGUUAAAACUAAGGAUAUACGCUAACAGUAAGCUGUCUCUAGUACUAUUUGCGCGUGAGUUGGCAAGACGCCUUGCUGGUCAAAAUGUGAUCAUUAACUGUGCGGACCCAGGAUUCGCAGCCACAAGGAUUUACAAAAGCGCAAACGAACUAUUUGGCCUUAUAGCGUAUAGUUUAAUUCGCAUUUUUGCCAAAACUGCGUAUGAAGGCGCUCAGACAGCUAUUUACUUGGGAGUAGAUGACGCUGGUACGGUCAGUGGCGAAUAUUUUGCAAACUGCAAGCGAAUUAAAGCUGAUAGUAAGGCAUAUAAUGAGAACAGCGUUAAGAAACUGUGGGAUCAAUCGAUGAAGCUUGUUCAACUAAAUGAUGACGAUUUUCGAGAUCUUAUCGCGACAUAAUAAACCUUGGAUUUUAAUAUUUAUGAGAAAAUUUUAAGGUGCAAUAAAUAACUGCCAUGAUAAGAAAAUGGGAAAAAUUACGAAUGACUAAAAACAACAAACAACAUAUUAUGUCUAUCGUCUAUAUGUUUUAAGAUAAACUUCUGUGUACAUAAUUAAAAUAAGAAUUAUAAUAAGUAAAUACGUUCACUUUUUUAUAAUUAUCAAUAACACAAUCUUGAUAUAAAUAGAAUGAAUCCUUAUUUUUU